CAUGUGCAAACCUGACGCAGAUGUCCUGGUGAAAUUGAGCAACAGUUUGCCAGGAAUGGGUCAGGGAAAACGCAAACAUAUGCUGUGUUUCAGGUGACAAAGAGGGGCUGUGCGUCUAUCUUCAGAGGCAGGCGCACUUCCAUCAUCGUCCACUGCUGCAAUAGCCUAUAUAAACCCCCAAAAGACAGAUUCUCCUGAAGCACUCACAAAGUUUGCAAAGCUCAAAAAAGCUCCCUCCCUCUCUCUCUCUCUCUCUCCUCAAUCCAUUACUGAGGCUUUGGAGGUGACACAGCCUUGGCAACGCAGGCACAAGGAAGAAAAGAUCUCUCCAAGACGUACUGGGUAUUCUAUCUGCAGUUUUCCUAAAAAAAAACAAUCAUGAAACCUCAGUUAUUUCUCAUAGACUUCAUACUUCUGUGCAUAUCUUGCGGAGGAGCAAGUGCACUGGCAACGACUAUCUGCGCGUCCUCUCCAGCCGCCAAUUUCACCAGUCUUGGCGCAUCAGCGCAAAGCUCCGGAACAGAUACCACGACUCUAUCUAAAAGCAGGAGGAAGCGUUACAUCAGUCAGAACGACAUGCUGGCCAUCCUUGACUACCACAACAAAGUAAGAGGGAAGGUGUUCCCUCCAGCAUCCAACAUGGAAUACAUGGUGUGGGACGACACCCUGGCUAAGACGGCUGAGGACUGGGCUCACGCCUGCAUGUGGGAGCACGGGCCACCUCACCUCCUCAGGUUCCUGGGUCAAAACCUUUCCGUCAGGACAGGACGCUAUCGAUCCAUCCUCCAGCUGGUGAAGCCGUGGUACGACGAGGUCAAAGAUUACUCUUUCCCAUACCCCCGUGACUGUAACCCUCGAUGCCCUCUCAGAUGCUAUGGGCCCAUGUGUACCCAUUAUACACAGAUGGUGUGGGCAACGUCCAACAAAGUAGGCUGCGCUGUUCACACGUGCCAUAAUAUGAACGUGUGGGGCUCAGUCUGGAAACGGGCGACGUAUUUAGUUUGCAACUACUCACCCAAGGGUAACUGGAUCGGAGAGGCUCCCUACAAAGUAGGCGUGCCAUGCUCCGCCUGUCCUCCCAGCUACGGGGGCUCCUGCAGCAACAACAUGUGCUUUCCCGCUCUCAAGACAAACUACCUGCACUGGUUCAAAUAAACACUAUUUCCUCUCGACAUUAUGCUGACAACCUACAGUACCACAGAGACAUUAUUUCAAUCCCGUAAGGAUUUGCACAAAAGUCGUGGACCACACUAUUUUGUAUAUAUGGGCUUAUUUAAAGACACAAAACAUACAUUUGAAGGCAGCAGACAAUUUUGAUGACUUGUACAUAAACUGUAAAUGAUUUUUUUUUACAUGGCUAUUUUAAUUGAUGAAUUAUAAUUUAUGUGUAUAAUGGGUCCUUGAACAUACUGUAUGUGGUGCUGCAUAUUUCAUUGUGUUAGUUCACCAUUGAUAAUGCGGUAAUUAAGGACGUAACCAGAUCAUAGCUGCUCAUACCUGCUCACUUUGGUGCUACAGGGCAUCACACCUUCAUGUUGUGUGCUCUGCCUUCACAGGAAUGUUGUGAUAUGAAGAUGGAAGCUUUUGACCUCAGAGGGUAAAACCUACACUGUCAGUGUCAACUUUGUAGCUCCUGUAGGUGCAACAAACUUCAAGUCUAUUGCAAUUUCCAUUCGUGUCCUGCAACAAAUUGGCAAUAGUUUGUUGAGAAAAGUGCACUUACUGUAAACUGAAAAUAUAUGACAAAAAGAAUAAUACAUCAGUCAGAUUAAGAGGUCUUUAUUUGAAUAGCAUAGAUGAUGCCUCUGUUGUCAAAAGCCCUGUUUGUUUCAACAUUUACACAUUUUGCAUUUGCAGUUUUAAUCUGCACUGAUUGGUUUCACAGGUUUCAUUCAUAUUUCAUUUGAUAUUUAAGCUAAAGAGAGCACAUACAAGAAAUCUGACCCACAUAUCUAUUUUAUAAUCACAUUUGUACACGGUAUAUUGGUAUAUUAUAUACCAAUAUAUUGAUAUAUUGGACAAAUCCAUUGUUUAUAUUUUGUUAUGAUCACUGAUGUAGUUGGUUUUUUGGAGUUAGGCACUCAAGUGCACCUUAAUUUUUUUCUAUAUUUCCAAAAUACCAGGAAAUUCGUAUUUUUUUGUACAUGUAGAUAAUCAUUAUACCUUGACUAUCCUAAAACAAAUAUACUGUAAGUUAUUCAUUUUUAUAUGGGGAAAAAUAUUUAAUUGAUAUGAAUUUUUUUAUUGUUUUGUAAAAGGGUUGUAAAUAUAUCUGAACAAUUAAAAAGUACUGAAUAUGGUUCAUUUGCAUGUCAACUUUUAUAAUGUUGAAGGAAAUUUACUUGGUACAUUCCUAAGAACUAAGCACUAUAGCAUAAUAUUGGCAAGCAAAUGCCUCAACAUGUUUAACUUUGACAAACAUGUAUCAGAAUUUCUUUUUUCAAAUCGGGACAGUUUCUGAGUGGCACAUGGGUGUAAUGUAGACAUAUACAAAAAAAAAUGUUGCCAUUGAUGCAAACUUUAUCGGGAAAUAAUGCAUUACAAAAUAGGAACAUUUUCCGCACUGACUGUAUUUAAAUCAACAUUAACAACAAGCUAUUUAUGCAAUGAACUGCGCUUUUCCUGUUGUGUUUUGUAUUUGUAAUAAAAUGGUCUAUUUUGA